UGGAAUUCAAAAUGAACUUUUCUAAACUAUAAAGUAAAGGCUAAAGGACAACAUAGAGCAACGUCCUUGUUAAUAUGGCUCAUUUAACCAAGCAUUACACUUGAAUCGUAGCAUAUAAUGUGUUGGAUUUGCGCCCAACAAGCCACAAGGUGACAUACAACAUUGUAAUGGAGGGGUUUGGCCAUUGUGGUUAUCUAGAGGAAGUUGACGCAGUUGUUAAUCAAACUCUGUGUAAUGUCAAAAUGUGAAUAGUAUUAACAGCAAUAAAUGACCAACUUUGAAUCCUACAUCUUUUACCAUUUGAAUUGAAGCAAAAGCACAGAAUAAAAACAUUGCCUUUGUCAAGAAGAAAUAUAGGCUUUUACAUACAGGGUAAAAGAACCGAAUAAAAAUUUGCAGCAUCUUACAAGAAAAGCUAUUUGAAAAUGCUCCUAGCAAAAUAAACAAUAUCCAUCAAUAGAAUUAUUACACAGUAAGUUCAUCCAACAAGUCUAACUAAUGGCACAUUAUGAGUAUUACAAAAGAGGGGCUAAUUCGGUAUACGAAGAUAUUGAACCUUCUUCCAGCUGGAUAGAAGAUACUCAAAACCAUUAUUUUCUUAUUGAUCUCCCUGGGUUCAAAAGGGAGGAAGUAAAGCUUCAAGUUGAUAUAUUUGGCAAUAUAAUGGUAAGUGGAGAAAGGAAGGUAAGAGAAUAUAAAUCCAUUCGCUUUCAAAAAUCAGUGAAAGCGCCUGAAAAGUCGAAAUAUGAGGAUUCUAGCGUCAAGCUUGAAGACGGGAUUCUGUACGUGAUCAUCCCAAAAGAAGUACCAGAAAACAAUGAACACGACGAGACAGCAAAUGAUAGCUCAGGCCAUGAAGAUAAUCAACAAAAGGAUACAGAGGAAAUAGAAAGUUCAAAUGGUGAAGUUUCAGAGGAAAAAGAAAAUGACAUACAAGGAUUGAGUCAGGACGAUGAAUUCCACGAUGCAAAGAUGGCGAAGAACAGGCACGAGGUAGGUAUAGUGAUUGCAGGAAAAGAAAUUCUAAGGAAGAACAAAUCAAUUGUAAUUACAGCAGUGCUUGCAUUUUCGUUCGGGGUUUUCAUUUCUAAAAAAUCUAAGUCAAGUAAAAUCAAUCAAGCUUCGUGAUUAGUAUUUCUCA